UGGUUCAUGUACGGUCGUACGUCCGCUGGUCUCGGUUCGAUCCGCUGUCGUGAUUGCCGCAUGGUCACUCGUAUCGCCGACGCCGUAUAGAGAUUUAAUCGUAAAAAUCGCAGAGAUGUUUUGUCCGUUCAGCUCCGGACGCCCCGGUGCAGCAGCUCCGCCGAGAGCAAACGCAACGCAGACUGAACAACAGCGGCCUUUGAAUCUGAAGCAUCUCAGCGCAGCUGUCAGAACUCUUACUUCGCCACCGAACGAUGUGAUUUAUUCGGCUUUCAAGUCCAUAGUCGAACAAACCGAAUGUCCGGCGUACAGCAAAAUACUGGACGAGCUACCAAACGACUUCUCAAGCUCUGAAAUUAAGUUGUUGGAUAUAUUGUAUGAUUCUGCACAAAUUGUAUUUGGUGACGGUGCCAAAGUAAUCGAAGCCGUUGGCGCUACGCUCAUACAAGAAUGCCGCGACGACCGGCAAAUCCGAGCGCUGAAGAGUUUGGGCGGCAACCUGUACCACUUCCUGACCACGUUGGACGGCGUGCACGACGUCCUGCAAAUGGGCGACGAUAAGGAGGCCAGUUCUACUUUAACGUGCCGGCCAGGCGAUGAGCCAGGUGUGUUGGACUUGACCCUUCGGACUAGUAGACCAGAUGGAAUGCGUGUGGCCCACCUGUUGACCGGCACACUGUCCGGUGUCGCAACCAGGUUCUACGGGUCACGACCAGAUAUUCGACUUGGCACACAUCCAAGUGACCCGUCAUUGUAUAGGUACACAAUAAAGACCACGGUCGACGAUGAAGACGUUCAAGACUCUGCUCCGUUUUUGUCGCAUCGAGCCAACGAUCUUAAAAUGGGUGUAACGAGCUUCUGCAAGGCUUUUCCGUGGCACUUGGUGUUGGACAAACGAUUAGAGUUCGUACAAUUGGGCUCUGGGUUCAUGAAGCUUUUCGGAAAAUGCCUACAACAAUUCGGUCGAUCGAUUCACACGUAUUUCAAGAUCAGAAGACCGAAAAAUGUUCGGCUCUCGUUCGACGGCAUCGUGAACAGGGCAAACUCGCCGUUCGUGUUGACGCUGUGCCUGCCCGAGCCGCUUAAUCACAAUUCAGCCGAGGGCUUGGAGUUCAAAGGUCAAAUGGUGUUGUGCAACGAGUCCGGAUCGUUACUGUACGUUGGUUCGCCUUUGCUGGAUGGACUGGACAGUCUUACCAGCAGGAGUCUGUUCAUUUCGGACAUACCAUUGCACGACGCCACCAGAGACGUGAUACUAAUUGGCGAGCAAGCCAGGGCUCAGGAUGGCCUUCGGAGGAGAAUGGACAAGUUGAAGAGUUCGAUCGAAGAAGCCAAUUUGGCCGUCGACAAGGAGAGAGAGAAGAACGUCAGUCUUUUGCACACGAUUUUCCCGCCAAACAUCGCCAAACGGCUCUGGCUCGGAGAGACCAUCGAAGCGAAAACGCACGACGAGGUGACCAUGCUGUUCAGCGACAUCGUCGGCUUCACGUCCAUCUGCAGCACCGCCACGCCCUUCAUGGUCGUCAACAUGUUGGAGUCCUUGUACAACAAGUUCGACGCUUACUGCGGACAUUUAGACAUAUACAAGGUAGAGACAAUUGGCGAUGCCUACUGCGUGGCUUCGGGCCUGCACAAGUUCAGUUCGAUACACGCUCAGCAAAUCGCAUGGAUGGCUCUGAAGAUGAUCGAAACGUGUAAAACUCAUCACACACACGACGGGAAACCGAUCAGAAUGCGAAUCGGAUUGCACACAGGAUCGAUUUUGGCCGGCGUUGUCGGCGUGAAAAUGCCAAGAUACUGCUUGUUCGGCCACAACGUGACGAUCGCCAACAAGUUUGAGUCUGGUAGCGAACCGCUCCGGAUAAACGUCAGUCCGACAACUCAUCAGUUGUUGAUGAAGACCCCCGGAUUCUCGUUCGAGGAGAGGAGCCGGUCGUGUUUGCCCGUCGGGUUCCCCGAGCACAUACCGGGCACGUGCCAUUUCCUGUUGUCGUACGCGCACCCCGACAUGUCGGCCGACGGCGCGCCCGACUUGGACGCUCACGUCACCGCCGGCUUGCGGCAGCUCACCUUGGACAGCUGAACGACACCGCCACCGCCACCGCCACCGCCGACGCAGCCGUCGCCGUCGCCGUCUCCUCGUAGAUGAUUACAAAAAUAUUAUUACGAUAUUAUACACACGCGCACCGGCGGUACGACGUCGAGUCUUAUUAUAAUAUAUUGUAAUUUUUGUUUUUUUUUGUUUUUGCCCACCCGUAGAAGUGCACUCACCAUAAUAAUAUUGAACAUAUUAUAUUAUAUUACGAUGAUAAUAAUGAUAAUAUGCCGAUGAAAGGAAAAACGUAAAAAAGGAAGAAAAAAAAUGUUAUAGUUUGAUUAUUAUUAUUAUAUAGGUAUAUUAUAGUAUCGCGAUACGUUUACCGUACCUAUAUGUUAUUAUAUAGCUGUAGAGUCCAGUCAUCUCAAAUAUAUAUACAUA